GGCACGCUUCUCCGGCGGCUCGUACUGUACUCGGUGCUCCCCCAAAGCCACCCGCCCUCCCACUUCAACACCACCUCCGCACGAGCGCCGUUGUGCGCGCCCAACACCAGCUCCGCCAGGUCUCUCAUCCACGACAGUAGUCACGCUUCGCACCCUUCAUAACGACGGCUCGAGCGAACACAAAGCCUGGGGCUCAACCUCAGGCUGGCCUGAGACACGGGCAACUUUCGAGUCGGCUGUGACAAUCCGACUCGCUCGUGCUGAUCCAUCUGCAUCAACCAUAUCCAGCUCGCCCAUCAUGCGUCCACCGAGGAUCGCCAACCUCGCCUUCUUCUUCGGCGCCUGCCUCUUCAUCCUUGGCCGUGCCAUCACGACGGCCACCACGAGGUCGACCACUCCGCCUCCUCCCGCCGUCGACUCGCAGCCCCUUGCCGCCACGAAGCGCAUAGGCACCUUUUCGUCAUUCUUCUCCUUCUCGGCGCCUUUCAUCCUCUUCCCACCCAACGCCGUAAUCACCAUUGCCGACGACAACACCACAUCUUUCGCCGCCAGACCCGCGGCAUUUGGCCCUCCUCUGCCCGCUUUCGGUCUUACAGGUCAGCUAUGGAUUGGCAGUGGGUUCACCGAGGAGUCGCUACUCGACGGCGAAGGGGAGGGCGAGCGAGGCUGUAGUGACGCUCCCAACUGGGACGACGGCACAAAUUCAGUGUUUACGCCCUUGAGUGGUAGCGCCAAAGGUAGGCCGUCCUUCAGCGGGCCUGGAGACAGCCGUCACAGCAGAAACGGACCAGCAGACGCCCUUAAGGACUCUGUCAUAGAUCGACUGCCCGCUGUCGGUGUUGCUGCCAAGUCGAAGCCACCUCCGAUCCCCCUUGACGAUGGUACGGACGACUAUCUGCACCAGGGUCUUGGUGGAAAACCUGUCAAGCAGACUCAGAGCGACGCUUUCGGCCUCGACUGCGUUGGACAUGCCGACAUUCAGUCCAUUCAGGAGGGUGCUGAGAUUGCUGGCAAGAUUGUUCUUCUGAGUCGUGGAGGCUGCGGAUUCCUCGAAAAGGCCAAGUGGGCUCAGCGGCGUGGCGCGGUCGCUCUUAUCGUUGGUGACAACCAGCGUGGCGGGCCUCUGAUUCAGAUGUUCGCCAAGGGUGACGCUUCCAACGUCACGAUUCCAUCCAUCUUUACCUCGCGCACUACUGCGUAUCUGCUUUCUCUCAUGCUGCAAUCUGGCGCAGGUUUCGAAAAUGUCAUGGAUGAGCAUGGGAAACUGGCUCUCAAGGGACAGCCACUCGACAAGACCACCAAGAACAAGAAGGGGAAGGAGCAGGGCACUCACUCGGCUGCUUCGGUAGCAACUAGUGGUGGUAAGGGCACAAGUGGCAAGUCUUCGGUCAGCGCGGAUAGCAAUGCAUCCUCUUCCAGCUGGUUCGCUCGUCUCUUCGGCAUCGGGACCACUUCCGGUGCUGGCGAUGUCGAUAACAGACCGCCGAGAAGCGGACGACUGGAGUGGAAGCAAGUCGAGGACUUCAGCGAUGAGAACGAUACUCCGGCUGCAAAAGGCCGUGCGAAAACUGGCACAGCGGUCAAAUCGACGUCGGACCAGGUUACUCCUGACGACUUUCAGAUCGGAGUGCAAGACUGGCGCGAUCCUGAUCUGGUGGGAUUCGAGGAUGGCGUGGACAUCGCCGACAGCAGUCUGCCGAAAACGAAGAAGAUCCCCGAGUCCGCAGCGAAACGAGCAGCGGAGGAGAAGCCACGACAAGCGAACAGCAUCACGCCCAGCAGCAGCGAAUACAUUGCAAGCAGCUUUCCAGCCAAGGACCGCGACGCCAUUGGCAAGGCUAAGGACAAGACGUCACCUACAACCAAGGAGAGCCCCGGUGGGCUGAUCUCGAAGCUUUUUGGCAAUCACGACAGUGUUGGCAGCGCUCGUGGCGAAGAUCAACCUGCCCCAAUCACCACGUCCCCGGCCAACAGACCGGAUCAAGGCAGGGGCAUGCCGCCGCCGCAUCACGAGGGGCUUUGGGUCGUCAUUACUCCCUCAAGCGGCGCCAGUCCUUUCUUCGACACCCUGCUUGUUCUUGUGAUCAGCCCACUGAUCACAUUGACCGUCGUAUAUGCGCUGCUGAUUCUCCGCGCCCGCAUUCGCAGAAGACGCUGGAGAGCACCCAAGUCUGUCGUGGAGAGGCUUCCCGUGCGAACCUAUCAAACAGUGGCAAAUUCAUCGACCCAAAGCUCUCGUGUACCAUCCCCUACAAGUUCGUCGCCAACGACACCGCUUCUUCAAAGCACGGAACUGCCACAGCGACCCCGACCUCGGUCUCGAACCACUACUGGUGUUUUGACGGCCGACGAAGUCAUGCAAGCUGAGACGGCCCAUGCAGUACCCAGCUCUGCGCGGGCAAGAGGAGGGCAGAAGCCGGAGCACGAGAAGCGUGGUAGUCAAUGGAAGAAAUACAUAGGACGUCAGGUUGAGUGUGUUGUUUGUCUUGAAGAAUAUGUCGAUGGCGUCAGCCAAGUCAUGAGUCUUCCCUGCGGCCAUGAGUUUCAUGUGGACUGCAUCACUCCUUGGCUUACGACUCGGCGACGCACAUGCCCCAUCUGCAAGGGUGAUGUGGUGCGGUCACUCGCCCAUGGUUCUUCAAGCCCUCGCUACGAACCAUAUCGCGACGACAGCGAGGACGACGAUGUCUCCUCGCACAACUCACUGCCUAGCUCUGACGCAAGUGCAGAAGAUCGUGAGGAUCCCGACGUUGAGCGCGGAGUCAGUUCCUUGACGAGCAAUCGGCAGGAGAGCUGGCUGACUAUGAUCACUGGCAUUCUGCGACCGCGUUCGACCCAGCGCAGGGACGAUCGUGGCGAACAGGACCGUGAUCGGUGAUGGCUUGCGCGCAUGCGCUGUGGAUGGAGACAGCGUUGCUGUGCUCACCACGACCUUGGCUGGCUGUUUGUUUUGGGAUAGGUUCUGCAUUUCUUUUAGCCCGAAGGCUGGCGCAAGGGUUUAUUCAUAGCGAUUAGGACUCGGUACAUAAGAUACACCACACCACUUAAGUAUUGAAUAGGUGGAAUGAGCAAAGCCAUGGUUUUCAGACGGAUGGCGAUGUUAAUGGCUCAACCUAAUUUGUCAAUGUCCUGUAGCAAGUGAAGAGCGCCACGAAUUCUUUGCUCAUAUUCCUUUUCUUCGUGUUCACCA